AUGUUUCGUAAUAAAUAUCAAAAAGGACCUUUAUCUAUUUUAUAUAGCUGUGGAAAAUCGCCACUCGAAUUGUGGGAUAUGCAUGUAAGAAAUGGAUUUAUCAGAAGAGUUAUGGAUAACGAAAUAAAUUCACUGGUAUUAGAAAUCGCAGGGACAAAUGUAUCAACUACGUAUAUAUUUACUCCAAAAAGUCAAUCAGCAUCUUUAGGAAUAACGCUUCCGUUUAUUGUAAUAGUUAUGAAGAAUAUGAAAAAAUAUUUUACAAUGGAAAUAACAAUUUUAGAUGAAGAUGGCAUGCACAGAAGAUUAAAACUGAGUAAUUUUCAAAGUAAAACCAAAAUAAGACCAUUUAGCACGACAAUGCCAAUGGGAUUAGGAUGUGGGUGGAAUCAAAUACAAUUAAAUAUUGUUGAAUUAGUUAGAAGAGCUUACGGGACAGUUUAUAAAGAAACAACGAGAAUGCAAAUCCAUGCCAAUUGUAGAAUUCGUCGUAUAUAUUUUGCUGAAAGAUUGUAUAUGGAGGAUGAAUUGCCAGAGGAAUAUAAAAUCUCUUUUGUGAAGGGGAAGCCAAUGAAUAAAGAAGACAAAAAGGAACGUGGGAGCAUAAAUUCAAGGACUUCAGUAAAUCGAUCGUCGAAUCUGUCGCAAGCUUCUCAGGAAAAUAAAGUAAUUAUGGAAGGGUCUUCGUUUAUUGGGUCAAAUAAAUCAAUGGAAGAAAACCCACGGUUGGAAAUUCGACUUCCUGUUACGGAGUAUGACGAAGAUAUGAGUGAACAAACUAAUUGGGAUGAGGGAAUUAAUGAAGAAUUAACGGAGACGGAAUUAAGUGAAGCUGAGUUUGAAGAUGAAAUAGAGGAAGAAGGAAGGGAUAGAGAUGAAAUUGAAGAAGUGUUAGAUCAAGAGAAAGAAGAAACUGAUCAUGUGGAAGUGGAUCGAAAAUCAGAAGAAAUAGAUCUGGGGAAAGAAAUGGAUCAAAGAUCGGAAGAAAUCGAUCAAGAAGAAAAUAAAAUAGAUAAAGAAGGAGAAAUUGGCCGAGAGGAAAAUACAAUAGAUAAAGAAAGAGAAAUUAACCGAGAAGAAAAUAAAAUAGAUAACGAAGAGAUCGACCGAGAAGAAAAUAAAAUAAAUAAAGAAGAAAUUGACGGAGAAGAAAAAUUGAAUGAAGAGAAAGAUGAUUCAAAAGAAAAAAUAAAUGAACACUUGAAUGAAAAUAAAUCGACUAUAAAAACAGAUUCAAGUGAAGAAGAGAAAGAACCCGAUGAAGAGGAAGAAGAAAAACGAUCAAAACAAAGAAUACUUAAAGAAAUGUAA